AUGCGCAAACUUUGUCGUGCGCUCGCGGCUUUCGGCACCAUGUUCAUGGGCUUGGGAAUCGGCGGUAAGCAAGCCAGUUCCUCAACUCAUUUUGCUACCCUGAGACGCCUCAACGAGAUGACGCACAAUCACGAACCUGCGCGUCCAGACGGCGCGUUCGAGACGAGCACGGUCGCAUCCGUUGCUGACAGUACUUUGAAGACGAAUGAUACAAUGGAAGAGGAAGCUUUCGUUGAGGAUCAUUCGAGCGAGACGCGGGGUUGGGUGAGCCUUCCAGAGAUUAUGGAAUCGGUCGUUCGCAAAACGGGGCAUGAUGUUGCGACUGUCGCUGAAGGUGGCGCGCACAGCGAAAUUUCAAUGAACAGCGCGACCGCUGUCAAAGGCGCCGUCCAUAGAGAAAGCCCGGCGGAUGUUGCAGCCACUUACGAAGGCGGUGUCCAUAGCGAUAGUCCGAUGGGUGUGAAGACCACUUCUGAAGGCGCCAUCAACAUCGCGAGUCCGAUGGACAUUGCGACUGAACCUUAUCAUGAAGUCCCUAUGAGCAUAGGGGCCCUAGAUCGGACCGAGCUCUUCUGGGACGUUGCCAGAAGCGAGGGAUUCAUUGACGCAUCGGCACUCAGAGAUGUGCUACAGCGUUUUGGUUUUCGUCCACCACCGAAAACAAGAUACGCUCAGAUAAUGACAAGCAAGGUAGUCGACACGACGGGCACAGCUGGCAAAGCAGUCGACACGUCAGGAAAAGCAGCCGACACGACGGGCAAAGUAGCCGACACGACAGGCAGAGCAGUCGACACGGUUGGCGCAGCAGUCGACACGACAGGCAAAGCAGCCGACACGGCCGGCGCAGCAGUCCACACGACAGGCAAAGUGAGCGACACGGCUGGCUUAGCAGCUGGCAAGAAAAGCGGAGUCCUGACUGCAACAGGAGAAGCGAUUCAUGCCAUGUUACUGGUCAGAAGCCCGGCCGAUGUAAUGCAGGCACUGGUGUCACUUCACAGGUUUGAAGAUAUGAAAGAAGAAGCCAGCGUGCUGACAAGAAAAUUACUAUCACGCUUCAUGCAUCUUCCGAUAGUGCUUCCUUGUAUGUGGAUGGCGUCAGGACUGCGACCUGAAGUGAUUUUCAGAGCCUUCGGUUUUGAUUGGGCCAAGUUGGACAGCUUAUCGCUGAUAUUUUUGGACAAGUUGAUGGAGUAUAUUGAUCUGUUCAGAGUACUGCACCCGAGUACUUCUAGCCGUAUUGACACGGCAGAACUCUUGUUUGAUUUUAAAGAUGGAAAUGGACUGGACGCUCAUCUCAAGGAGAUUGCCUUCCAACCUGGAUAUGACGCUCUCGCCCGUUCGCUACAGGAACUUCACAAUGAGCUUAAGGACUUCAGAUCCAGCGCGAAAGAAGACAUCGGGUUGUUCGCCAAGAGUGAAUUAUCAAAGCAAUUUUCUCUCGUCGAUGACGAGAACUUUUGGAGUAUUGCCGGACUGAAAGGACCCAUCGACGUGGAGAAAUUCAAAGAAUACUUAAUUCGUAAUCGUCAGGAUCCAAUAGCGCGCGUCGACGAUAAUUCCAUUAUAUCGGCCUUGGUGUCGGUUAAAGGUCCAGAGGACGUGGCGCAGGCACUAUCAUCGCUUCAUGAUCUGAAGUACGACGAUUUUGGCAUAUCAGGUAUGCACAAUGGCCUAGCUUAUCACCACUCUCAUUCACCUGGAAAAAUAGCUAGCAUAUGGAUGGAGCUGGGAUUGGACCCCCAAAAGAUUUAUGAGAUGCUCUUGUUACGCCAUCAAAAUGCGUAUGUGACAAAUCCAGCUUGUGUUGUCGAGUGGUUCAAGUACGUCGAGCUGUACACAGCGGUGCACCCGAAGUAUGCAUUGAGCCUCAAUGAAGCAGCAAAGCUUUUGGUUCAAAAACAAGAUACAAAGGGGCCGAGAGCAUGGGUUGAGUUCUUUGAAGAAUCAAACAAUAAUGAGUACAAAGAGUUUGCUAAGACGCUGCGCAAACUUUACAACGAAAUGUAG